AUGUCGACUAAAAAUAAAUCUUCUUUUGAAAUUUUACCAGUUGAACUUGUUCAUCGAAUUUUCGAUCAACUUGAUGCACAUACAAUCCUCUACUCAAUUCGCUGUGUAUGUAAACGACUUCAUUCUAUCGCUAGUAUCUACAAUCGUUAUGAACUCGACUUCCGUUUUAUGUCAAAAUCUGAUUUACCUGUCAUGGCACACAUUAUUGAUCCGAAAAAUAUUAUUUCACUCACACUUGCGGAUGGAAUAAGAACACGUUGUCAAAUUCGUUUAUUCCGUUUCUAA